AUGGAUCCAAGCAAGUCAAAGGCGGCACCCGCCAUGGCCACGACGUCGUCGGCCAGCUCGACCUCGUCCAAGUCCACCUUUGGGCAACAGCUACUGCGCGGCUUCGGUAGGGCCAAGCAGUCUGCAUCAUCGGCGGCCCAGCCACCAUCGGCCUCGGGCGUCCCAGCAGCCGCCGCCUUGCCGCCCAUCAGCACCGCAUCCGUACCCACCCCCGCCAACCCCUUCGACAGCACCGCAGCCGGCAGCCUCAGCGAUCCCAUAUCUCCGUGCGCCCUGCCCACCACCGCCGGUACCGCGACACCGCCUCACGAGGCCGAGGGCUACGCGAGCCACAUCAGUGAACUGCAAAAGCCGCUCCCGGCGUCCCAGAGCGCACGCGAAGAGGCCAUCAGGCAGCGCGUGCCACGCAUCCGCGCGCUCCACGCUGCCGUGCAGCGGCAGAGCUCGCCCCAGGCCGCCUACAGCGAAGACGUCCCGCUGGCAGAGGUCUUCAAGCUGUGCACGGCGCUCCUGACGGGCGAACAGCCGCAGGUGCUGCGCAUCGAGGCCUGUGAGCUGCUCACUUCUUCCGUCAAGCUGGCGGAUCUGCGCUCGGCCAAGGCGUCGACCGCCCUCUCGGAGCUGCGCAGCGGUGCCCCCGGCUCGCUCUCGUCCAAGGUGCCCGACAGCGACCAGCCAUUGGCCAACAUCGAUCGCGCUCUCUUCUACCGCCUGGUCCUGACCCUCUCGGCGAGCGAGCUCGACGAUGUAGGACCCGAUCCCUCCCGCGCAGUGCUGCGGGGGCUACCGAGCCAGCUACGCGCGCUCGAGGUGCUCACCAAGGACGGCAGGGACGUUGUCGGCUUCCCCGACCUGCUAUCCUCCCUGACCCAGUGGUUGGCCCUCGCCUGGCACGAGGUCCAGACUCUCCGUGCCGAGUGCAAGAGGCUGCACGCGGGGGCGACAGACGCUACGGGCGCUGACGUGGGAGAGGAACAGCACAAGGCAGAGGCCGACGUCGUGGCCCGCCUCUCUGCGGUGGAGUGGGACGUCCAGGCAACGCUGCACCUCUUGACCUCGAUCCUCAAGUACAGCUUCUCCCGGAUUCCGCUCGCGCAUGCCGAGAUGGCGCUGCGGAGCGCGGCAACAAUGAUCCUCGGCCAGCCACGGCGCGCCUCGACCGCUCCGCCGCGGGAGCAGCUGCGGUCGCCCGCAACCAAGACCCUCUCCCUUGCAGGCUCGUCGCGCUCCCGGAGCAGGACCACAGGCACGGCCGCUCAGAGGUCCAAAUCAAGGGAUGCUCGGCCGCUCAUGGAUGGCUACUCGUACUACGGCCUCGAGACGAUCUCUUCGGGCAGCAGCGAGACGCCGUCGCCGGCCAUGACGCCGCGGCCCGGGGCCACCAAGCCCUUCAGCGUCGAUGGCUUGGAGGCCGCGCUGGCUCCAGCGAGCGCGUCCGGCCCGGCGCCGAUAACACUCGCCACCAUCGCUCCAGGACGUACGGCGCCGACGGCGACGACGUCGAUCCCCUCAUCCUCUCAAAGUGUCGACGAUGCCGAUGGCCACUACUUCUUCGGUCCCGACAUCCACAUUGCCGAGGUCCGGUCGGUGCUCAAGCUGCUGGACGCCACGCUGCGCUACGGCUACCUUCCGCCGGACUGCGUCGAUCGGGUGAUGCACAUGUUGUGCCGGCUCCUCGGCUACCCGCUCGUGGACUCUCUGGCACCCGGCUACGUCGCGCAGAGCGUCGAUGACGAGGCCCACGCCUGGAGGGACGAUGUGUGGCCCAUCUUCUCCCACAUCCUGCGCAGCCACUGCGCCAAUGCUGGUAUCAGGGCGGUCCGCGAGGUGCUGCUGGAGCGGCAAACUGCCGGGAGUACGCCUCGCGCUGCGCCUGAGGAUCCGGCCGUGCUGGUCGGAGCGCUGAGCUUCUUCCGGUCCGCCAUGGCCCACAUUUCAGAGUACGAGGCCGAGAAGUUGAACAGCCAGGCGACGUCGUCGUCGUCCGCCAAGACGCACGCAGAGGAUGCCCUUGCGCCCUCGCUCUCGCUCUCGCUCAUCAUGCCCGCCCUUCGAGGCGCGCUGCGAAGACACUGCGAUCUGCUCGACCUCGAGGUGCUCAACCUAGUCUCUGACCUGCUCCCAUGCCGGCCGGAUCCGACCGAGUUGGCAGGUGCCAACAGGAGCCGCGACCCCCACAUCAAGCGCAUCGUGACGAACGCCUUCACCCACGGCGACUGGGACGCGCUGCUCGACCUGACCGUCGAGGCUAAGCGGCACGUCGAGGGCUGGAAGCUGAGGGGCGGCGCGCUCGGUCCGUUCGCCUCUUCGCGCCAGGGCAAGGGCGAGAGCAACGGCUCGGCAAAGGCGGGCACUCGCUCGGCGCAACUGUCCCCGGCGGUCCAGGCGAUGUUGAGCGUGCUUUCGCGGCUGCAGAUCGCCCCACCUCCAAAGUCUGGCGACGAUGACGACGACGUCGAGGACCCCGACGCCGACAAGAGGGUCGCGGAUGGCGCGACAGAGGCAGCGUCUUCCCUGCCCUGGACUCCGAAGUUGGCUGCCUUGCUGCUCAGCCUCGCACCGAUCCUUCCAGACGGGACCAUCGUCGACCUGGUGCAGUACUAUCGCUCGCAGCACCUCUGCCUUCCGAGCAACCCAGACUGGAUCCCAAACAUCCGCGCGCUGCUGCAGGCUUUCUACCACCGCCACGAGCAGAUGCUCGAGGACCUCGGCGUCGUGCCCGCUCCGCUGGCACGCCGCAAGCUGGUCUCGCUCCUCUUCGACCACGUCUACAGCGCGGUCGAGGACAUGGACACCGAGCGCAACACGCUGAUGCUCGAGAUCAUCCUGCCGCUGGCCAACUCGACCCUCUUCUCCGAGACUGACUCGGACAUCGAACAGCAUCUCCGCAGGGUGCUCGUCAACGCGGCCGUGCUCAGCGGCUCUCGCAUCCCGGGUCCGAUCGACCCAGAGGCCGAGCAGGAGCCGGAACCCGCGCGAGAGCAGGCUUCGGACUCGGACCACUUUGAGGAAGUCUUUGUCGAGGUGCGCCAGCUGCUCUGCCGCCUCGCUAGGUCGAGCAACACGGCUCAGCCGGACGCGGAGUCGGGACGGGCGAUGAACACGGCGACGUCGACGACGCUGCCCGGUCAGAAGACCAACGGCGCCACCGUAUUCGACCACGCCGACGUCCGGCACAUGGCGGAGAGAAAGGCGGCCAACGCUGCCCUCGACAUGAUCGCCAUCUUCAACCGCAUGGCCUUCAACACGCCAUGGAUCGCCAGCUCGGUCGACCCGCGCGUCGAUCGUGCUGUUCGUCGAAAGUGGGAAAAGCAGACACGCGGCGGCUGCAUCGCCAUCUACCGGGACCUGCUCGAGCUGCUGCGGCCGGGCAUCGCGCCGCAGACGCCUGGCGGGCAGGCGGACAACAAGAUCAUGUCGCCGACGAGGCAGACCCAAGCGCCCAGCUCGACCUCCAGCAGCGCACCCGCCAGCGUGGCGAGCACGCUGACGCGCCUCAUUAUCCUCGAGUGGUUCGUGCGCUUCCGGACGGAUCGCCAGCACCGCGUCUACCUCGUCGGCGAUCUGGAUGAGGUCCUCCUGUCGUCGGCCGCGCUCCUCGGCAAAGGACCAGCUCCUACGGCCGAAGAAGGCGAGUCGCCGAGCGGUGAGGCAAACGAGGCGGGUGCCCGGGGCGCGGCUGGUACCAAUCCGUCAGCCGCGGCGGGUGCGAACGCAGGUGCAACCGCCUCCAGGUCUCAGGCGGCCGCGCGGACGGAGCGGGAGGGUAGAGAUACUCAACGCGGUGCAGAGGCCAUGAACCGGUCCCGGUCGCGGCUGCGGGAGCUAUCGCGGGACCGCGGCCGGCAGGAGCGAGGCAGCGACUUGCCACGGCGAGGGCUGGCGGAGCGCAAUCGCAGCUCGAGCCAGACGCGGCGGAGGUUGACCAGCCGUGGCCAUCUCUGGCGCCUGCCCAUCAAGAUCCUCUUCGAGAUGCCCAAGCUCAACCUGCGCAGCGACCUCAUCUACAGCUACAUCCACCAGCGCCACGACAUGGACUGCUGCCCUGGCCAGUCGCACAUGCUCGUCGAAGGCGAGGCGUUGCCGGCGCCGCUGCCCGUCUCCGAGUUCCUCUCGACGGCGAUCGCCAUCAUGCUCCACGAGCCAGACUGGGAGCUACUCUCCUACCUCAUCUGCCACCUGUCGCACAUCCUCGCCAACAAGCACCUCUUCAGCGGCCCCAAGGCGCAGAUCGAGAUCCUCAACCUGCGGCGCAUGCUUUGCGAGGGCAUCCUCCAGGGCAAUCUCUUCCCCCGGCUGCUGCUGCCGGACGAGAUCAAAAAGACCGAUGUCUACGCCGUGACGUACUCGCUGCUCACCACGCUUCUCGGCUACCGCAUGCUCUUCUCGCGCUCUGAGCAGGACGAGCUGGUCGAGACGUUCAUCGCCGGUCUCAACAAGUCGCAGAAUACGGCGCAGCCCUGCAUCCGCGCGCUGUCGGUGGCGUGCUACGAGCUGCAGAAGUCGGUGACGCGGCUGCUGUCGGGCAUGCUGGUCAAGUUGUCGACGGUUAUGUCGUCGAUGACGAUGAGCGUUCACAUCCUCGAGCUCAUCAUGGCCAUCGCUCACACGCCCGCCUGCUACGCCAACUUCACCGAAGCCGACUACCGCCGCGUGUUUGGCAUCUCGCUACAGUACAUCCAGUACCACCAGAGCACCGCCGCCACCAGCCGCGACGACUGGCGCUCCAACCCGGCCGCCUUCUCGCUGUCGCAGUACGUCAUGAUGAUGGCCUACUACAACAUCUCGCUCUGGUUCAUGACGCUCAAGAUCAGCGACCGACCCAAGCACGUGCCCUACAUUUCCCGCGGGCUGCUGCUCGCCAACGAGGGGCUCGACAAGCUGUCGGACCAGACCGAGACCUGCUUCGACUUCCUCGCCCGCGUCACGCACUCCAACGCCGAUCCGAAGCCCAAGCGCUCGUUUGUCAACAGCCUGGUCAUGGGGCCGUCGUCAGUGGGACCGGGACGGCCCAAGGAGGCGGCCAAGCAGUCCAAGACCUGGCUGAUGGGCAAGGGUCUACUCACGGUGACGUCGCUCAAGCGCCACGGCUGGGUCGAGAUCCUGGUCCGGCGGCCGUCGGGCACCACGUCAAUGCUGUGCAAGCUGGAAAACGUGCCCGUCAGCAUGCUGCCAGACGAGAACGGCGAGAGGAUCGACCUGCCGGCGAUGUUGAUGAUGGAUCGCGAUCCCGACAUCCUGCGGGCGCCGAAGCUGCUGGCGCCUCCCGUGACCUCGCAGCGCCGUUCGAUCCGCCAGCUGGCAGAGGAGCGCCUGCAGCUCUCCGAGCAGCUUCGGACGCGCCAGCCACUGGGGCCCGCGCACUUCGGCCUCUCGCAGAAGCCGCGUGCCGCGUCGUUCUCGGGCGUGCUGUCGGAGGCCACCCCAUCGACUGCCGGCGACAGCGCCGUCGGCGGUCCGUACGCUCAGCCCACUAGCAACCCAGGCGAAGCCGGGAAGGACGGAGACGACGCCGAUGACCAGCAGCAGUCGAGGCUGCGCCACCAGGACAGCUCCCAUGCGAUGCGCGAGGUGAUGCGCGACAUUCUGUCGGAGGAUACGUCGGCGACGGCGGCGACCGAGGCGGGCGCAAAGGAUGGCGGCCGCAAGGUCAGCGCCACCAGCUUCCGACCGCCCAAGGACGCCGCCGUCGACCCGGGCUUUGUCGCCAUCCAGCUCUCUUCGUUCCCAGACAUGGUCAAGGAGACGGCGCCCAUCCUCUUGCCAGACGAGCCGGCAACCGACCGCAUGAUCCGCGCGGUGGACCUGACGCCCGUCGUCGACUUCCACAAGAUCGGAGUGCUCUACGUCGCGCCCGGGCAGGACUCGGAGGUCGAGAUCCUGGGCAACCGGCACGGCUCGCCCGCCUACGUCCGCUUCCUCGCCGGGCUGGGCCACCUGAUCACGCUCAAGGGCCAGGAGGACGUCUACACGGGCGGGCUGGACCGCCAGGUCGACGAGCACGGCAAGUUUGCCUAUGUCUGGACCGACGAGAUCUCGCAGAUCGUCUACCACACGGCCUCGCUGAUGCCCAACAAGGAGCACGAUCCCAGCCACGCGGCCAAAAAGGCGCUCAUCGGCAACGACUGGGUGCACAUUGUCUUCAACGAGUCCGGGCACGAAUAUCGCUUCGGCACGAUCCCGAGCCAGUUCAACUUUGUCAACAUCUGCAUCUCGCCCAACUCGCGCGGCGGCGCCAACCUCGGCUCGGCCGCGCCCGACGACGCCGUCUUCUACCGCGUCUCGCUGCAGACGCGCCCCGGCCUGCCCGACUUUUCGCUGGUGGGCGACGGCCAGCUCAUCUCUGCCGAGUCGCUGCCGGCCUUUGUGAGGAUCCUGGCGCUGACAAGCAACCUGAUGAGCCAGAUCUACCUCGACACGGGCGAGGCAAUGCAGCCCUACACGAGCAACUGGGUGUCGCGCUUGCACCACAUCCAGCGCUUCCGGACGCAGCUGGAGAACAAGCGCCGUGCGGCCAACCCGGACGCCGAAACCCACAAUGAGCCUGCCGACCCGGUGGAGCUGUACGACUUUACGCGGACGUACUGA